AUGCAUCACUGCUAGAAGAGCUGUAAGGUAACUCGGGCAACGCUUUUUCAUUAACUCUAUUUUACUGUAUGGAUAGGAAAAAACUCGUUCGUGGCAAACGGUGAACGCCAAUUUAAGGUGUAUGGAUGCACAUAAGAGGCAAGUUUGAUGAGUGAAUCCGAUAAAGAAUGGAGAGGGAACAGCACAACAUUGUCGUCUUCAAUUCGUCGAAAAGAGAGCUGUUUACCACGAACAAUGGAUACAAGUCCAUGCACAAAAGACUACGAGCUCAAUGGAAAAUCCAAAGCAUGAAGGAAGAGCUGUCUUUGGAGAAGCUGAAGGGUGUCAAAUUGUGGAUAACUGCAGGCCCAAGGGAGAAGUUCACGGCAUCAGAGCUUGAGGUACUGAAGCACUACCUGGACGGAGGAGGAAAUGUCCUGGUCAUGCUCGGUGAAGGAGGAGAAAUGAGAUAUGACACCAAUAUCAACUUUCUUCUGGAGGAGUUUGGAAUAAUGGUCAACAAUGAUGCUGUUGUGAGGAAUGUGUAUUACAAAUACUUCCAUCCUAAGGAGGCACUUGUGUCCAAUGGUGUAUUGAACAGAGAGAUAAGUCGGGCUGCUGGCAAAGUGGUCACAGGAAUUAUUGAUGAUGAAAAUGUUGGAAACAAUGCACAGGCACUCACAUUUGUGUACCCAUAUGGAGCCACACUGAGUGUAAUGAAGCCUGCUGUGGCUGUUCUUUCAACUGGCUCCGUCUGCUUCCCCCUCAACAGGCCAGUCCUGGCCUUCCAUCAAGGAAAGGAGGCUGGCAAGCUGGUAGUGUUGGGUUCCUGCCACAUGUUCAGUGAUCAAUACAUAGACAAAGAGGAGAACAGUAAAAUCAUGGAUGUCGUGCUUCAGUGGCUCAUGGCUGAUAAUAUUCAGCUGAAUCAGAUUGAUGCAGAAGACCCAGAGAUCACAGAUUACACCAUGUUGCCAGACACAGGGUGCCUGUCGGAACAGCUCAGAGUGUGCUUACAAGAGGGUGAUGAAAACCCCAGGGACUUCACCUCUUUAUUCGACAUGUCAUUGUUCAAUUUAUCAACUGACACUUUACCCCAAGUCAUCAGCGCUUACAAGCAACUCAAUGUCAAAGAUGAACCACUUCAGUUGAUCACACCACAGUUUGAGACGCCUCUGCCUCAGCUCCAACCUGCUGUCUUUCCACCAGCCUUAAGUGAUCUGCCUCCUCCCAUGCUGGACCUGUUCGAUCUAGAUGAGACAUUCUCUUCUGAGAAAGUGCGCCUGGCACAGCUCACUAAUAAAUGUACAGACGAUGAUCUUGAAUUCUACGUGCGUAAAUGUGGUGAAAUUCUGGGGGUGACUCCAAAGUUGGAUAAAGAUCAGAGGGAUGCCAAGCACAUCUUGGAGCACAUUUUCUUUCAGGUUGUAGAGUUCAAGAAACUCAAUCAGGAGCAUGAUGCUGAUGCAGAAGCACCAUUCACUCUGAUGUGAUUGGAUUCAAGAAACAUGUUAGCAUUUUCAUCUGUCUUUUCAAUAUACUGAAGCUAAGCAGAUGUAAGUAUAUUCCGUCAGAAAAGGAGAAUGUAAAAAGGGACCAUUACAGCUGUCAUGGAAGAUGCAGUAUCAGCAUGGGUACUGUUUGUUUAACAAACUGUAUAUACAAGAGAUGUGUUUUUAUAUCUUUCUAGAAUUCAUUUUGGAAGAAGAAAAUGUACAAUACACUUAAGCAAAUAGUCAGAUACUUUUAUUUAAAUAUUUAAGCAAACUUUGUUAAAAGUGUAGAGCUCUCUGCAGGAAUCUUCACACAUGCAUCCUGUUAAAAAAAAACAAAAAAAAACAAAAAAAAAAAACAAAAA